GAAGAAAUCCGUUUUACUUCCAGGUUUAUGCUGACGCGUCCCUCUUCCUCUCAUUCUCCGACGUGUCAGUCCUCUUUGUAUCCCAGCUGAGCAGCGGGCGCAGCAGAAAUGCCACCGAAAAGCAGCAACAAGCAGCAGUCAGAGGAAGACCUGCUUCUUCAGGACUUCAGCAGGAACUUAUCCGCCAAAUCCACCGCUUUGUUUUACGGAAACGCGCUCAUCGUGUCUGCCAUCCCGAUCUGGCUGUUUUGGAGGAUCUGGCACAUGGACCUGGUCCAAUCUGCUGUUCUGUAUGCUGUAAUGACUUUGGUCAGCACCUACCUGGUCGCUUUUGCCUACAAGAACGUCAAGUUUGUGCUUAAACACAAAGUUGCUCAGAAACGAGAGGAUGCCGUUUCCAAAGAGGUAACCAGGAAGCUGUCUGAAGCUGACAACCGCAAGAUGUCACGCAAAGAGAAAGACGAGAGGAUCCUGUGGAAGAAGAAUGAGGUGGCCGACUACGAGGCCACCACCUUCUCCAUCUUCUACAACAACACACUCUUCCUGGUUCUCGUCAUCAUCGCGUCCUUCUUCUUGCUCAAGAACUUCAAUCCUGCAGUAAACUACAUCCUGUCUAUCAGUGCCUCCUCGGGACUCAUCGCUCUACUAUCCACCGGCUCCAAGUAAACCAGGAAGAAAUUGGCUCACGAAGUUGGGGAAAAGUUGGCUUUACAGGGUUGAGAGAGAAAUCCUGGGAUUGGAUGAUCAAAUGUUUGGAGGUCGUAUCUCCAUGUUUGUCUUUUUGUUUUUAUUUUUUUUUUUGUAACAAAUAAAACAACCAGGUAAACUUUU